GAGGAGGCGCGCGACUACGAUGGCCGAGUCUUCUACAUCGACCACAACACGCGCCAGACGUCGUGGAUCGAUCCCCGCGACCGGAUAACAAAGCCGUUGACCUUUGCCGAUUGUGUUGGGGAUGAACUCCCUUUAGGAUGGGAAACUGUAUAUGAUAAACAAAUUGGAAUUUAUUACAUGGACCACAUAAAUAAGCUUACCCAGAUUGAGGAUCCCAGAGAACAGUGGAGGCGAGAGCAGGAACGGAUGCUGAAGGAAUAUUUAAUUGUAGCCCAGGAGGCUCUCAAUGCCAAGAAAGAAAUCUACCAGAUUAAGCAGCAGCGGUUCGAGCUGGCUCAGGAGGAGUACCAGCAGCUGCACAAGAUGUGUGAGGACGACAGCCGCUCAUACGCCAGCUCUUUCUCUGGAUAUUCCACAAAUACAAAGUACGACCCACACCAAAUUAAAGCAGAAAUUGCAAGUCGUCGGGAUAGGCUUUCCAGAUUAAAACGAGAGCUGACCCAGAUGAAGCAAGAACUGCAGUACAAAGAAAAGGGGGUGGAGACGCUGCAAGAGAUUGAUCGUAAGAUGUCAAGUGCUCAUACCAACUACAAACUGGAUGAGGCACAGGCUAUAAUGAGUGAGCUCCGGACCAUCAAGAAAGCCAUUUGUACAGGCGAGAAGGAGAGACGGGACCUGAUGCAAAGCCUGGCCAAGCUUACUGAUGGCUUCAAGAAUAGCUUUUCUCUCACCGACCCUCUGCAAGAGUUCCCUCACAAUCCAGGCACGCUUGGUGAUUCUUUACCUCAGCAAUUCUGCGAUGCUGGGUCUCAGACCGACAUCAUCGGAGAGUUUGUCUUUGAUGAUAAAACAAGACUUGUCGACCGAGUCAGGCUUAAUUGGCAGUAUGAGGAAGCCAGAAAGAGAGUCUCGAAUAUCCAGCAGCAGCUGGCCCAGCUUGACACCGAGUCCUGGCCGGGCAUGGCUGAGGCCGACAGGGACCGGCUGCAGCUCAUCAAGGAGAAGGAAGCCCUGCUUCAGGAGCUGCAGCUCAUCGUUCAGCAGAGGCGGCCGGCGGAGGACGUGGCCCGCCUGGAGGAGGAGCGGAGGCGCUUGGAGGAGGAGAUCCAGCGAGCGCGGGCCACAUCUGUACAGGGCGCCACAGAAAGGAUUCUGCUUCAGGAAAAGAGAAAUUGUCUCCUUAUGCAGCUGGAAGAAGCUACCCGCCUAACAUCGUAUCUCCAGUCCCAGUUAAAAAGCCUGUCUGCCAGCACCCUGACGGUGUCCUCGGGGAGCAGCCGCGGGUCCCUGGCCUCCAGCCGGGGCUCGCUCGCCUCCAGCCGGGGUUCCUUGAGCUCCGUCAGCUUCACCGACAUCUACGGCCUUCCACAGUACGAGAAACCCGACGCCGAGUGCGGCCAGCUUCUGCGCUUUGACCUGAUUCCCUUCGACUCCCUGGCACGAGAUGCCCCCUUCUCGGAUCCCCCGGGCCCCUCGGGCUUCCACAAGCAGAGGCGCUCCCUGGACACGCCCCAGUCCCUGGCGUCCUUGUCCUCUCGCUCCUCCCUGUCCUCUCUGUCUCCCCCGAGCUCGCCCUUGGACACACCCUUCCUCCCGGCCUCGCGGGACUCGCCCUUGGCCCAGCUGGGGGACGGUUUUGAGGUGCCAGGCCUGGGCGCCCUAGACAGACUGCGGGCCCAGCCCUCUGCUUUGGGGGAUGAAGACUUGCCGGGUACUACAUGCCUUCAGCCACACGGAUUCCCCGGGGACGGGGAAGGACCUCGAGAGCGAGUACCCCAGGUGGCUGCCACUCCCACAGGUGCAACAGUGACUCUUCGAGAAGACAGCGCCAAGAGGUUGGAGAGGAGGGCACGCCGCGUCUCUGCGUGCCUGUCGGAUUAUUCACUAGCGAGCGAUAGUGGCGUAUUUGAACCUCCAACCAAAAGGAGUGAGGAUGCUGACGAGUCUGCGCAUGGAGACAUGUGCGGUAACGAAGGGCCCCAGAUCCACGUUGGAUUUCUGCACGACAGUGCCAGCGAAUGUCUCCUCGUGAAUGUGCUCCAGCUGAAGAACUUUGCCGGGCUGGUCGUGAAGGAAGACUGCAAAAUUCACAUCCGCGUCUAUUUGCCGCCACUCAACUCCAGCACACCGAACACUUACUGCUCGAAGGCUCUGGAAUUGCAGGCCCCCCUGGUAUUUAAUGAAGUUUUCAGAAUCCCUGUGCAUUCAAGCAUGUCAACGCUGAAGUCACUUCAAUUAUACGUGUGUUCAGUGAGUCAGCAGCUGCAGGAAGAACUGCUGGGCAUUGCUCAGAUUAACUUGGCCGACUGUGAGGGCCCGAGCGAGCUGCAGCUGCGCUGGUACUCGGUCCAGGUGUUCACCAGCCCCAAGCCGCCCCGGGCCCAGGAGAGUGAGCGGGCCGGAGAAGGCGCCUCCUGGGACCCCGAGCUCGCCGCCUCCGGGAAGACGGACGCGGUGACGGUGCUGCUGGCUAGAACCACAGCACAGCUGCAGGCGGUGGAGAGAGAGCUGGCUGAGGAGCGGGCGAAGCUGGAGAGCACCGAGGAGGGGGUUCUGGAGAUGGUGCCGAAGGAGGAGCAGGCCGAGGCCGCCUCCGAGAGGAGCUGGCAAGCCGACUCAGUCGACAGUGGCUGUAGCAGCUGCACCCAGACCAGCCCCCCGCACCCAGAGCCCUGUUGCGUUGGUGUCGACUCCAUCCACGGACACACGUUUGCUGGCCAGACAGAUCCUUACAGCCCCGAGAAGCUCCAGCCCCCACCCCUUAAGGUUGAUAAGGAAACCAACACGGAAGAUCUUUUCCCAGAAGAAGUAGCGAGUCUUCCGAAGGAGAGGCCCAGCCGGAGAGCCCGCGGGGCGCCGUUCGUUCGGAGUAGCACAAUUGUCCGUUCACAGACUUUCUCGCCCGGAGCACGAAGUCAGUAUGUUUGCAGACUUUAUCGUAGUGACAGCGACAGUUCAACACUGCCCCGGAAGUCCCCCUUUGUCCGAAACACUUUGGAAAGACGAACCCUUCGCUACAAGCAGUCCUGCAGGUCCUCCUUGGCCGAGCUCAUGGCCCGCACCUCCCUGGACCUGGAGCUGGAUCUCCAGGCGUCGAGAACGCGGCAGAGGCAGCUGAACGAGGAGAUCUGCACCCUUCGAGAACUGAGGCAGCGGUUAGAAGACGCCCAGCUCCGAGGUCAGACCGACCUCCCGCACUGGGUGCUGCGGGAUGAGCGAUUCCGGAGGCUGCUGAAGGAAGCCGAGAGGCAGACAAGACAGACCAAACUCGACUUCCAUCAAGAACAGGCAGCUGAGAAGAUGCUAAAGAAGGCCUCCAGAGGGAUCUGCCAGCUGCGCGGGCAGAACCACAAAGAGCCCAUCCAGGUGCAGACCUUCAGGGAGAAGAUAGCAUUUUUUACGAGACCAAGGAUUAAUGUACCUCCUCUGCCCGCCGACGACGUUUGAUGUCGUGCUUUGUACACAUGAAGUAUUUAUCUGCCUGUUUUAUUUUCAUGAAGUUCUUAGACUAGCUAAAUUUGUCUUUAAAAUAUUUGUGCAAAGCUAUUAAUAUACACAUUUUGUAAAAAAAAAAAAAAAAAACACAUCUAUCUAUACAUAUAUAUUUUAUAAUAGUGACGGCAACAGGGCUUGGUUUUCCCUUGUUGUGAAAUUGACAUCUCUGAAGACAGGUUAUUUUAUAAAAGAUGAACUAUCAUGUUAAGAGUGUACAGUUUUUUUGCUGUUUUAUUUGACUUAAAGGCUGGAAGACAGAAACGAAGUGAGUUCAGGCAAAUUCACUGUAUUGUAAUUUAUUUAUAGUACUUUUUUUCCUUGAAGGAAAAUACUGACUUUAAGAUGUAUUUUAAGACUGAAAUUUUGUUCUUCAGUAUUUGCCAUGCGGUAGAAUGGAACUUUGGGGUUGGUUUUGUUUCUGACACCCGAAAUGCAAACACUGUGUGCUACGUUCCUCACUCGUGUCAGGUUUGCAUACGUGCAUUCAUCAUGUAUGUUGUACACUUGCACGCUCUUUGUGUUCUGUUGAGAUACAUCUGCAGUGGUUCAGUCAUAGUUCACAGGCCGUGUGUGCGGCACCGAGCUCCGUCUCCUGUGUGGGCCGUGCACUGACAGCCUCUCAUUUCUGUGUUGUCUUAUCACGCGUCUUUCUGUGCUCACCAUGAGUCUGAAGCAGACCACAGAGCCCCCCUUGUCCUGGGCUUUCGCCAGCCUGUCCACGGUGGCUGCCCACACUGCCCGCCUUCACCAGACCUCGGGCAGCCCCGCCUUUGAGUCCACGCCAUCUGCUCAUGACCCACAGGGAGGGUGGUGGUGGAACUCCUGCUCCACUGCUCUGUCCUGAAGGACAGUGAGAAGAGGACUAGGAAUGUGCAUUUUCAGUGAACCAGUGAAUCCGCUGAUGGAUAUGGUGGUUACGACAUAGACAUGGUAAAGUUUGAAGGCACUUGUUUGUAGAAGGAAGCAUGUGUGGGUAACUAGAAUUACCCAGCGAGUCACUUACGGGAGAGUAUUUGAUUUAAAUCAGAAUGCCCCCCCUAUACUUUACCCAAUAUUUCUUAAGAAAUCUUAGAACUAGUUCAUGAGGAAAAAUUUUUUUAUGUAAUAAAAAUAUACCAUUAUUCUUUUAAAAUGCCAAAUGAUAUAAAUAUUUGCCUAAUACGUAUUUAUUAUAUAUGAAAUGCACUCUCCUUUAUGAGGCCUCAGAGAAGUAAACGAGGUGGUCACACAAAAUGUAAAAGAAAAGAACUCUCUCUUCUAGAUCUUUCUGCCCCUCCCUUGGAAAUGCCCCCCUUUAAUCAGCAUCCCUCUUCUCAUUAGUCCGUAACCGUCCCCCUUGCAUAACCCGCCUUCCCUUUUACAUUUAUUCAAAAUGAAUUUUGUAGAAGCCUUUCAUUGACACGCGACCUAUCACAGACAGUGGAAUU